GUGAAAACGCUGACGGGCAAGACCAUCACCUUGGAUGUUGAGGCAUCUGACACGAUCGACAACGUGAAGGCCAAGAUCCAGGACAAGGAAGGGAUCCCGCCCGAUCAGCAGCGUUUGAUCUUCGCAGGCAAGCAGUUGGAGGAUGGCCGCACGCUGAGUGAUUACAACAUUCAGAAGGAGUCCACCCUGCACUUGGUGCUCCGCCUCCGCGGUGGCGUCAUCGAGCCCUCCCUGGCUGUCUUGGCCCGCAAGUUCAACUGCGAGAAGAUGAUCUGCCGCAAGUGCUAUGCGCGCCUGCAUGCCAGGGCCGUGAACUGCCGCAAGAAGAAGCCCCCGCCUCAGUGGGUCUUGACACUAAUUUGCUAUCGUGCUUCUUGGCAAGUACUCGUACCAUUCCUUGUGCAUGUAGCUUGA